AGGCCCGACAAGGAGCUUGACCCGAAGCUGGGUUUCCUCCACGUGGGGAGACAAGAAAAGACCAGAGGCCGCAACGCUCCUCUCGCUGCCACCUCAUCGCCGCCCAGGUUCUCUCUCCACCUUGCAGCAGCGUUUCCGCUCUGCUUAGCCUUCGCCGGUUCUCGGCUCUUGCAUCCAAUUUCUCGAAGUUUUACGUCUCCCAAACCCUAGCUCAGAAGAUUUGGAACCCGAUUCUCUUCCAUUAGUAUAUAGUUUUUGUUAACCUUGGGCUAUAUUCCUUCGCCGCCAUGAAUAUUUUCCGAUUAGCAGGCGACAUGACGCAUCUAUUCAGUGUCCUUGUUCUUCUCCUCAAGAUAUAUGCUACAAAAUCCUGUUCAGGGAUUUCCCUCAAGACGCAGGAGCUUUAUGCGCUGGUGUUUCUGACCCGUUACUUGGACUUACUUACGGUUUUCGUUUCGAUUUACAAUUCGGUGAUGAAGGUGGUGUUCAUAUCAAGCUCGAUCGCCAUUGUUUGGUGCAUGCGCGCCCAUCCACUGGUACGGAGGACGUACGAUAAGGAACUUGAUACAUUCCGACACUAUAUGCUUGUUGGUGGGAGUUUUUUGCUCGCGCUUUUCUUUCACGAUGAAUUUACUGUUCGGGAGGUACUUUGGGCAUUUUCGAUCUACUUGGAAGCAGUGGCAAUUCUUCCACAACUAGUUUUGCUCCAAAGAAGCAGAAACGUGGACAAUUUAACAGGCCAAUAUGUUUUCUUUCUCGGGGCAUAUCGAGCCUUAUAUAUUCUCAACUGGAUCUACCGGUAUUUUACAGAGAAAUACUACAGCAGAUGGAUAUCCUGGAUUGCCGGUAUCGUCCAGACGGCACUGUACAUAGACUUCUUCUACUACUACUUUAUAAGUUGGAAAAACAACGAAAAACUUAAGCUUCCAGAAUGAUCUAAAUGGCGGAGAUUUAUGGUUCUUUGCGGCAAUACAUUGGCGGACUCAACAGUUUGUUGGUUUCUACAUCUAACAUUAUUCUCAUAAGCUAUUUUGAUGAAGAUUUGAUUCUGCUAACUCUACUGAACAAUUUUGAUACCUGCAGCUGAUUUGCGAUUGUGAAUGUAUCCAGACAUAGCUUUUUUAAUACUUCAGUCCUUUCCUGAUCGUGUUCUAGCUAGAUAUCCUCACUUCACUAAAAGUGUUUACUUUAUAAAACUUCGGAAUAGCAGCAGUAAUCUUCUGUUUAGAUUCGUAUUCA